GAUGAGUUCCACCCCUUCAUCGAGGCGCUGCUCCCCCACGUCCGGGCCUUCGCCUACACGUGGUUCAACCUGCAGGCCCGCAAGCGCAAGUACUUCAAGAAGCAUGAGAAGAGGAUGACGAAGGACGAGGAGAGGGCGGUAAAGGACGAGCUGCUGAGUGAGAAGCCGGAGGUGAAACAGAAAUGGGCCUCACGCCUCCUGGCCAAGCUGCGCAAGGACAUCCGGCCCGAGUGCCGCGAGGACUUCGUGCUCUCCAUCACCGGCAAGAAGCCCUCGUGCUGCGUCCUCUCCAACCCUGACCAGAAGGGGAAGAUGCGCCGCAUCGACUGCCUGCGGCAGCCCCACCACAUCAGUGUCUCCGUCAAGGAGCUGGACCUCUACCUGGCUUACUUCGUCCGCGAGAGAG